AUGGAAAAUUUACCAAAUGAAAUCUUCUACGAGAUGUUUGAUUUUCUCGAUGGUUAUGAUAUAUAUCAAGCAUUUUCAAAUCUUAAUAAUCGUUUUGAAAAUCUUAUUAAUUCUUCAUUACUUAUGACAAUUCAAAUUUCAUCUUCAACAACCCUCGAUUCACGUUAUAAACAUUUUCUUGAUUCAAAUAAACAUCGUAUUAUUUCACUUCGUUUUUCUACUGAACUAUUUUUCAAUCAUUUCAUUAAGUUUUACACCAUUGAUUCAUCAUUUCUUCGUCUUCAAUUACUUGUUUUUAAACCAAUGUCCAGAUGUAUAUUAAUCACAUUUCUCUUCAAUUUAAAAUUCUUACCUCAAUUGUUCGCAUUAACUAUGUACUUUAUUUAUUGUUUUGAUAAUCUUGGUGAUAUUUAUCAAAUGAUUCUUCAUUUACCAGUAUUAGAAUAUCUUAAAUUGAAAAUAUCAGAAGCUGAACAAUUAGAGAUCAACAUACCAAUUGCUGCUAAUAAUCAUUUUUCAUCAAUUAAAUAUUUGGUUAUUGAUCAUUGUUGUACAAUUAAUCAACUUAUGAAUCUAUUAUUAUACAUACCUCAACUUUCUCAUUUAUCUUGUGGUUGUUUAAUCAAAUCAAAUAAUAAUAUUAAAUCUGAAAUGAUGAUAAAAUUAAAUGAUUUAAUACAUUUAACUGUUGUUAUUGGUGAUAUAGAUUUUAAUGAAUUUGAAGAAUUUUUGUUGAGGUUAUGUUCUCAAUUGCAAAUUUUAAAUGUUAAGAUUCAUUCUUUUGAUAAAAGUUAUUUAAAUGCUAAUCGAUGGGAACAAUUAAUUUCACAAAAGAUGACUUCAGUAAAUAAAUUCUUCUUUUCUUAUACUGAUAUUAUUUAUGGGAAUUUUAAUAUUACUUCUCAUCCAUUACUCAAUGAUUUUACUGCAUCAUUUUGGAUUAAUCGAAAAUGGAUUUUCAAAGUAUUAGCUCAUGAUGAUGAACUGACGUAUUCAAUACGUCCUUAUUCAUAA